AUGUAUUUGUGUGCGUGUGUGUAUGUGUGCCUUGUAUGCUUCCCUCUUCUUGCUGCUUUUGUGUGGGUGCUUCUUGUUGCUGUUUUUUGGUUGACAAAGAGGGAGUACAUUGAGGAAGAUUAUAGGGGGUUAUUCGAGAAGUGGACAGGCAUGUCCGAAACUCAAAGGCAACGGGGAUCUACAAACCGGCUCUUAGUCCUCAGUACAUGCGUGCUCUUAUUUCACGUCUUGACGUCUUUAGUGCAGGAGGCGGUGUUUUACAUUCCCGGCUUUCACCACACGCUGCUGCUCACUUUUUCACAGGCGCUGUGCGUAUCCUGUUUUGCUUUUGUUCAACUUUGUCGCUCAUUGUCCGUCCCAAGCAGUUCAUCGCCUUGGCGACGAAUUGUGGACUCACGCCGUGUGCCACUUUUUACGUACUUCGCGAUUUCUUUGAUGAACACCACAAGCGUGUACCUAACGAACGAAGCAUCACGCCUUCUUAGUUUUAGUACACAAGUGGUGUUCAAGUCCAGCAAGCUGCUUAUUGUAUGGCUUGUGCGUUACAUCGCGAUUGAACUACCAGCACGUCUUGGAAUGGCGCGUAAGGUUUUGAAAUGCGCUGAAAAUGGGGCGAGGAAUUACCGGCGCAGCUCCCAUACUGAAUUUCUUUCUGCUGAAAAGCAAUCUGGACACGUCUCUGUGAAAGUAUUGGACUCGAUGGUGGAAGGCCGGGUAUCAACGAAAGAAAGUCCGUUGGGUUCUGCUGACAUAGGUGGCCACAUCAAUAACUGCGAUAUUGCCGUAAAUUUCUCCGCUGGCAAUAAUAGUAAUGAAACCAGUGUGAAUGGAAUCGUGGCGAUGGAAAAUACACAGAUUGUGAAGGAAGUGUUAUCUUGUAUCAUUGUUGUUGUGGGUCUUUUCAUUUUUACAUACGCCACGAAGGAAACGCACAAGAAAAAGGGUUCAUUGAAAGAGGAGGGUUGGUUGCCGGUCAUUUCAGGCGUCACAGGUAUUUUGCUUGCGUUAAUUUGUGAUGCCCUCAUUUACUUGGGUGAGGAGAAGUAUUGCUUCAUGAAGCACAAUGCAUCACAUGAGGAAGUGCAAUUUUAUAUUUUCCUAUUCUCAUUAAUCAAUGGUUUUUUUUCAUUGGCCCUGAGCGGAGGCAUUGCUGAUGCCGUGGAGUUUGUGAGCAUGCACCACGUGUUUAUCACCUUGUUGCUUGGCUGUUCUUUCUUUAGCUACAGCGGUACCUUUUUCCUGCUGCGCAUCGUCUCUGAGUAUAACAGCAGCACCGCUGCCAUGGUUACAAGUGUGCGCAAGAUGAUGACGGUGCUCUGCAGCUACAUUGUAUACCCAAAGCCGUUUGGAUUCCUACACUUUUUGGGUGUUACCUUUGUGAUGGGCGGCAUAUGGCAGUACGAAGAGGCACGUAGGAUGCGCAACACACCUGCCGAGAGGAAUAAAGCUGAUACAGUACAUAAGGAGGAUGAAGUAUGCGUAUAA